AAUGAUAGAGUCUAAAAAAUCAGAACUAAAAAAUGAUUUGAAGGAAACUAAUUAAUAGAUAUAUGAAUUAAUAGAAUAAGCAAAUUAACAAUUACAAUAAUUAUUUAAUAAAAGAGAAGAAGAAUUAUUGAAGUUAUAUAAAUAAGAGAUGCUUAAUGUUUAAAGAUAAUUAGUUAAAAUUAGAGAUGAGGAAAGUUAAACAGAAAUUGAGAAAAGAAUUUAAAAACAUAGAGAAGAAUUAGCAAAAGAGAGAGAAUUAUAUCUAGAGAGGAGUAUAAAAUUGAGUGAGAAUAUUAAAGAAUUGGGUAAAAUUGAUCGUGAUAUUCGAUAAAGUUUUAAUGAAUUAUAAAGUGAAAUCAAAUUUUUAGAUGAAUAAUUGAUUUAUGCUGAUAAACAUAAUAUAAUAUUACAAGAGGAAUUAAAUAGUUUAGGAGAGGAAGAAUAGUAAAUUCAGAGUUAAAUAAGAAGAUAACCGAAAUCAAUGUAACAAUUAUAAUCAGUUCGUUUGAUGCCUCUACCAUAAAUUAAAAGAAAUUCUUAUCAUUUAUAAUAGGAAUAAGAGUUGAAUGCAAAAUUAAAGUAGUAAAUUAAUUAAGUUGAAGAAUUUUAAGAAUCAGAAUUAGAGAGAUGUUUUGAUGAAGCACUUAUAACUGUAACAGAAUAGAGUGAUGCAUCUACAAAUAUUGAUUUAACAUGUUGUAAUGAUUUUUCUGAAUAUUCUAAACGAAGAAUUUUUGAAGAUUUCUUAGAAAAACCAUAUGUAAAAUAAAAAAUAUAUGAAUUAUUAAUAAAUAAAUGAAUAAAUAUAUAACAUAUAUCAAUAUUCCAGAGGUUCGUGGUAAAAUACCAAAGUGUUAGAUUUGUUAAAAAGGCUUUUCAAAGGUGACAACAAGAGAACAUAUGUGUAAAAGGUAAAUAAUUAAUUGAUUUUAUAUACAAGAUGUUUAAGAGUUGUAUGUAGUAGUUGUUCUCCAUUUAAAAUUCAAUUCGAGUUGAAUAAAGGAAGAAGACUAUGUAAGAUAUGUAAAGAAGUACAUUUACACAUUUACUUUUAAGGAAUCAGAUUAAAUAAAAUCUUUUGUAGAUUCUAAUCAUAUUUAAUAUGGUUUUGAUACUCUAUCAAAAUAAUGGCUUGGAAAUGCAUUUAAUUCUUAGGAAUAUAAGUCUGUGAGAGAUUCUACAAAAAUAAAAAUAGAUUAGAUGGAAUUUGCUGGUUUAGAUAAUAUAAAUUAUUCCUUAAAAGAUUUUUAUUCAUUAGUUGGGAAAGAUAAUGUGAAAUUGUAAAAUGUUUGUAUGACAUUUUGUUCAAAGAAUCCAGAUAUUAAAUUAACAGCUGAGAUGGUUUGUUUAACUAAUUUCUUGCUUUGUUUUUCAUCUGAAGCUUCUGCAUUUUAAUUAUUAAAUAUAAUAUAUAGAUAAAAGCCACCAGAAGAGUGUUUAAUAAGCAUAGUAACAUAUUGUGUAAAAGGAUUCAAUUUACCUGAGAGUGAGAUAAUAUUUUUAAGACAAUUUUUAGAAGCAAGAUUAAAGAGAUAUUUACUUACAUUUUCAAUUAAUAUGUUUAAUUUUGAUACUACUUUGUUUUUGAUAUCAUAAUUGAUAUAAAAAUAUGAUAAUUUUAUUCGUGGAUUAUCAGCAAUUUUUAUGUUAGUUAGUCCAAAUUUAAGAUCAUCAACACAUGAAGAUUUAGAAAUUUAUAUUUUAAGAGAAAUUAAAAAAAAAGAUGUAGAAAUUAAAUAUAAAACAAUGAAAUAACCUUAACCAAAAUAAGAUUCAGAAAAUAAGGAUCGUACUCAAUCAAUAAUAAGUUUGGCUUUUUCAACUUUUGAAUAAUAAGAUAAUACUUAAGUUAAUGAUUUAAAAACAGAGAUUUCAAAUCUUAAAUUAUAAUUAUCAUUAAAAGAUAAUGAAAUUGAAAGUUAUAAGUUUUAAUUAUCAUAACUAUAAAUACCAGAUUAAUAAAAGAAAGAUAAAUUUUUAUAAUAAAAAUGUGAUGAAAUUGCUAUCUUAUUAUCUAAAAUUGAUGAAUUAACACUUGAAAAUUAAUUAUAUUAAAAAAAAGAACGUACUAAUUCAGAUUUUUCAUUAAUGUAUUCACAAUCAUAAAAAAUUAUAGAAGAAAAAUAAAAAUAAAUUGAUAGAUUGAAAGCUAAAGUAAAAGAGGGUUCAUUAGAUAAUAGAACUAUGUCUUUAUCAUUAGCUGGUGGUGUUUAAAGUAUUUUAUCAGGAAAAGAAGUUUAAGAGAUGAAAUAAAGUUUUGAAGAAGAAAAAUAACUUUUAUUAGAUUAAAUUAAAUAAUUAGAAAGUAGUAAGGCUCUCUUAUAAAAGAGUUUAGAUGCUUAAAAGAAACUUAAUUAAAGAGUUAUUGAUUAUAUUGGUUCUAUGACUUUGAAUAAUAAAUUAAUUGAAUUACAAGUUAAGACUUCUGAAGAAAAAGAAACAAUUUCAUAUAAAGAUGAGAUUAAUAAUUUAAUUGAUAUUAAAAAUUAAUAGAAUUAGAUGCUUUCUAGAUUAUAAAAUACCAACUUGUAGUAAAUUGAGGAACUUAAAGUUAAAAUUAAGAAUUCGAAAUGA